GCAGGGCGCACUCGGGCCCCGCUGCCGUCGCCGCGCCGCGCGCUCGGCCCCGCCGCCGCACUACCAUGUUUGACGGCUGCCUCCUGCCCCUCGUCGUGCCCUGCCUGCUGCUCUGCGGACUGGACGCCGGCACAGCUGGCGGAGCGGAGCUGGAAAUGGUGAUCCCGGAGCGAGUGCCGCUGGAGAAGAUCCACCUGCUGCAGCCCGGAGGGGAUCGCGGCGGCCCCCGGCGCCGGCGGGCAGCGGCGGAGGAGGAGGAGGAGGAGGCUGUGCUGCUCCGCCUGCCCGCCGCCGGCGCCGAGCUGUACCUGCACCUCCGCCGCGACCUGCGCUUCCUGGCCCGGGGCUUCGCGGUGGAGCGGCGGCGCGGGGAGGCGCGGCGGCCCCCGCGGGAGCGGCUCUGCUUCUACUCGGGACACGCGCUGAACCGCAGCGACUCCUUCGCCUCCCUCAGCACCUGCGCCGGGCUGGUUGGCUACAUCCAGCUUGGAUCAGAGCAGCUGCUGAUCCAGCCUGUGAAUGCAUCUGAGACCUCGUUCAGUGGGAAGGAACAUUUCAUCAGGCGGAGACGAUCUGCCAAGCCCGGCCAUCCCUCCCGGCCACAGGGCCCUGAGGAGCACUGCAAGGUUGUAGCAGAAAAGAAGAGACAGAAGAAAGUGAAGUCCACGAGCGACUGGCGGGAGCGGAGGAACGCGAUUCGCCUCACCAGCGAGUACACGGUGGAGGCGCUGGUGGUGGCAGAUGCUGACAUGGUGCAGUACCACGGAGCAGAGGCUGCCCAAAGGUUCAUCCUCACUGUUAUGAAUAUGGUGUACAACAUGUUCCAGCAUCAAAGCCUGGGAAUUAAAGUCAACAUUCGAGUGACCAAACUAGUCCUGCUGCACAGUCGCCCUGCAAAGUUGUCCAUUGGGCAUCAUGGAGAGAGGUCUCUGGAGAGCUUCUGUCAGUGGCAAAAUGAAGAAUAUGGUGGGGCAAAAUACCUUGGUAACAACCAGGUUCCUGGUGCCAGAGAUGACACCCCUCCUGUGGAUGCUGCUGUUUUUGUGACCAGGACAGAUUUCUGCGUGCACAAAGACGAGCCUUGUGACACUGUGGGAAUUGCUUAUCUAGGAGGUGUCUGCAGUGCCAAAAGAAAAUGUGUUCUUGCUGAAGACAAUGGUCUCAAUCUGGCAUUCACAAUUGCACAUGAACUUGGGCACAACAUGGGGAUGAGCCACGAUGAUGAUCAUCAGCCUUGUGCUGGGAGGUCUCACAUCAUGUCUGGAGAAUGGGUGAAGGGCAGGAACCCAAGCGACCUUUCCUGGUCUUCGUGCAGCCGAGACGACCUGGAAAACUUCCUAAAGUCCAAGGUGAGCACCUGCCUGCUGCUGACAGACCCCCGGAGCCAAUAUUCCGUGCGGCUCCCUCACAAGCUGCCGGGGAUGCACUACAGCGCCGACGAGCAGUGCCAGAUCCUUUUUGGCACCAACGCCACCUUCUGCAAGAACAUGGAGCAUUUGAUGUGUGCUGGGCUCUGGUGCCUGGUGGAAGGAGACACAUCCUGUAAAACAAAGUUGGACCCCCCUCUGGAUGGCACCGAAUGUGGUGCAGACAAGUGGUGCCGAGCUGGGGAGUGUGUCAGUAAAACCCCCAUCCCUGAGCACGUGGACGGGGACUGGAGCGUGUGGAGCCAGUGGAGCAUGUGCAGCCGGACGUGCGGAACUGGGGUGCGCUUCAGGCAGCGGAAAUGUGACAACCCCCCCCCGGGGCCGGGUGGGAAGAACUGCCGGGGGGCCAGCGUGGAGCACACGGUGUGUGAGAACCUGCCCUGCCCCAAAGGGGUGCCCAGCUUCAGGGACCAGCAGUGCCAGGCCCACGACAGGUACACCAACAAGAAGAAAAGCCUCCUGACAGCUGUCAUCGUGGAUGAUAAGCCAUGUGAGCUCUUCUGCUCCCCACUGGGCAAGGAUUCUCCUGUGCUGGUGACAGACAGAGUCCUGGAUGGAACCCCCUGUGGGCCCUAUGAGACAGACCUCUGUGUACAUGGCAAGUGCCAGAAAAUUGGCUGUGAUGGGAUCAUUGGCUCAGCUGCCAAAGAGGAUCGCUGUGGGAUCUGCAGUGGCGAUGGGAAAACCUGCAAAGUGGUCAAAGGAGAUUUCAACCACACCAAGGGCAUGGGUUACAUCGAAGCCGCUGUGAUCCCUGCAGGUGCCCGGCGGAUCAGAGUGGUUGAGGACAAACCUGCUCACAGCUUUCUGGCUCUAAAAGAUUCCAGUAAGAGAUCCAUUAACAGCGACUGGAAAAUUGAGCUUCCUGGUGAGUUUCAGAUCGCAGGCACCACUGUCCGGUACGUGCGAAGGGGGCUGUGGGAGAAAAUCUCUGCCAAAGGACCAACUAAAAUACCACUGCACUUGAUGGUGCUGUUAUUCCACGACCAGAACUAUGGAAUUCAUUAUGAAUACACCAUCCCUGUAAACUAUACUGCUGAAAACAGAAGUGAGCCAGAAAAACAACAGGAUUCCUUGUACAUCUGGACACACAGCGGAUGGGAAGGAUGCAGUGUGCAGUGUGGAGGAGGUGAGAGGAAAACCAUCGUGUCCUGCACUCGGCUCAUUAACAAGACCAUGACACUGGUGAAUGACAGUGACUGCCAGCGAGUGACCCGCCCCGAGCCCCAGGUCAGGAAAUGUAACACACACCCCUGCCAGUCACGGUGGGUGACUGGCCACUGGAGUCCCUGCUCUGCCACUUGUGAGAAGGGUGUGCAGCACCGGGAGGUCACUUGUGUUUAUCAGCUGCAGAACGGCUCCUACGUCAACACCAGGGACCUCUACUGCCUGGGCAGCAAACCAGCUAUGGUGCAGAGCUGUGAGGGACGUGACUGCCUGUCCAUCUGGGAAGCAUCAGAGUGGUCAAAGUGCUCAGCAGACUGUGGCAGGGGAAUUCAGAAAAGAACAGUGACGUGCACAAACUCCCAAGGGAAAUGUGAUGCAGCCACCAGGCCGAGAGAUGAGGAGGAGUGUGAGGAUCACACAGGCUGCUACGAGUGGAAAACAGGAGACUGGUCCAAGUGCUCCUCGACGUGCGGCAAGGGGCUGCAGUCGCGCGUGGUGCAGUGCAUGCACAAAGUGACCGGGCGCCACGGCAGCGAGUGCCCGGCGCUGGCCAAGCCCGCGGCCUACAGGCAGUGCCACCAGGAGGUCUGCAACGACAGGAUCAACGUCAACACCAUCACCUCGCCCAGGCUCGCUGCCCUCACCUACAAGUGCACGGGGGACCAGUGGACAGUGUACUGCAGGGUGAUCCGGGAGAAGAACCUGUGCCAGGACAUGCGGUGGUACCAGCGCUGCUGCCAGACGUGCAGAGACUUUUAUGCAAACAAGAUGCAGCAGAAGAGUUAAUGAACCUGUGCCACUCCUUAGAGUCUUCCAGCUGUUUGUAUGUAAAUCACAGACUAGUAGGUCUGAGUACUGGAACUUCAUGAGUUGCUACAGCGCGGUGGAUCCCAAAGCACAGCCAGUGAGACUUGAAACUAAUCCUACAGACUGGAUACCAAAGUCAUCUGCUUAUCCAUCCACCUUAAAAAAAACACACAGAAAGGGUCAUCUCAAGGAGCCAAUAAUUUCUGAAUAUUUUGACAUCCUCACAUUUUUUGUUAAGGCUUUUUUAAUAUAUUAAAUCACCAGCCACUGGAUGGCUUGCUACCAUUAAAGAAAAGGACAAGAGUUGCAAAGUGAUUACAUUGGAUAAGGUUAUGGGUACCUCCAUGGAGGAAGGCC